AUGGCAGAGAGUUUUUACAAACUGGAAGAUGAAGCCUUUCCCAGUUUUCUCUGCAAGUCUCUGGACAGUACCAGUGGCCGCGCCACACUGGGGAAUGUAACACUGGGUUCAGGUCCAGGACUUCCAGUGGCUGCCUCGACAGUGGCUAAAAUUAGACCCGGAUCUGACAACAGGUGGGAGCAUGCUUCUGCUUUGGGCAGAUGUGACUGGUUAGAAAAACACUCGAGUGCAUUAUUCUCUAAAUCAUGCACUCUGUUUGACAAGUGUGACGCAUACGAUACAAAUAUUUACAAUUCCCCUUUGUCAAUUUGUGGAAACUGCUUAAAGCAUCAACAUUUAGCUGGAAAAAAGAUGUCUUUUCAUGUUGUGGUACAUAAUGAAAAUUUAAAAAGCCAUAUGCGCUGGGACUGCUCAUGAGGCACAUGCCACUAUGAUUCACAAGCUGUUCAGUCACAGCAGUGCUGUGUUUUUUUUUUUUUUGUUUCACAGAGGAGAACCUGUUGAUGCAUCAUAUCUUGAGGGCAGAGAGCUGCAGCAGGCCACCUCACAGUCAUCUGUUGGAGAUCAGCCAAAGUUUGCCCUCAGCUUCAAAGAUGAUUUGUGAGUAUAGAGAUAGAGAUUACAAUGCUCAUCAAUGCUUUUCAUGUUGUUUUUUGAGUCUUCAAAGUUAAAUACAGUCAGUUUCACUGAGUAUUGCUAUAGUCAUGUGCUCUGAAAAGAAGAACUCAGUAACAAUAUUUUAAACUAAAUGUCUUACAACCUACUUUUGAUGCAUUAUUUAUAUCUGUAAGUACUUCCACCUCUUAUUCCAUGUACCCCUCUCAUUCAUCUUAAAUUGGUAACACUGUCUGCACUACAGGGACAAUGCAGAUGACUUUAUCGCGGCCCACCGUCUUUCAGACAUGCUUGUUAAAAUUAAUCUCGAUGAAAGUACAUCCAGACUCCAAGGGUCUGUGGUGGGGCCUCCUUCCAUUCAGAUGGGCUCAAUCCAGGGGCGGCCAACAGACCUCGGAACAGGUAUAUCUUACUUUUUAAAUACAGCAUCUACAUGCUAACAGCCACUGACAUUGUCAUUACACUUAUGAAUUACCAUAUGUAUACAUAUAUCUAUACCUAUAUGUAUGCUGAAUUUUAGAAGUUUGUAAUAACAAAAAGAUUACAUUUUCCAGCUGUGAUGCUCAAAGACUGUUCCUCUGUUUUCUCUGACAGAUCUGUCCACAGGGCUCCUAACAUUUGCUCAGUAUGGCCUUAAAGAUUGUACGGAUGCAAAGGUACUCAUUUUGUUGACUUUUCCUGUCUUAAGGUUGACUACUUGAUCGUUGCACAACAUGUCUUAAUGUUUGUAACUGCUGUGAGGGGGUCGGAAUGCUGAAGAAACAGCCUCAGUGAUAUUUUCCACUCCACAUAUUCAUUGUGAGUGAUAAAUUUCCCCUCAAAAAGGCAACUCGAGGAGGUGUUUUUGUCUUAGAACAUGCCUUUUCCAAAGAUGAGAUAAAAUCUCCAUGAAACAAGUAACAUCUCUUUGUCUACGGGGGUGCCAAAGUAAACACAAACAGAGGUUUCAUGAAUACUUUUGAAGGCCAAACUUUUGAAGUGAGAAUAAUUAAACCCAGUUAAAACAUACAACAGAGCAGAUAAAUGGUAGACACCAAUGUUUUUAUGGCACUUGUUAUUGAGUUAAUUUUAUAAUUAGGAUCUGUGCUAAAUGUCUUAUUUUAAAAUAAACCGUGAUUGAGCAUGCUCUGUUUUUUCUAAUUUUGGGGUACAUUCAGACUCAGCCCGUUCCAGCAACAGCUGAGGAGAACAGUGUGCAGAGUGAGGGCGUGGACAGUGAUCAUUUCAGCGGCAGUAACUCAAGUUUCCUGGCAAAUGAAAAGCUUAUGUCUGUGGACAGCAUUAACAGUGAUAUCUCAGGUAUGACCUCUUUCAUUUUCUUUUUUGUAUUCCAUCACAAUAACACAAGCUGAUCACAAGUUGUAUACUUGAUCCAUGUAGGACACCACAGGGCAGGAAACUAACACUGAGCUCUGUAUAUGCUGUUUUGUCACUGUGAGGUUCAUAUAUAUAUGUGUGUGAUUUUCAGAUGACAACAUUGAUUCGAACGACCUGCCUGAUGAUGAGCUGGAGCAUUAUUUCAGUAAGCUGGUGCCUCCUGCCAUGCAGAGGGGUAGAGUGGAAGGUCAGGAGAUUCCUGCAUCAGUAAGUCUCCUUCCCCCAUUAAAAUAUGUUUUUCUAGUUAAUUGUUUCACUUAGUAUUCAACUCUUAUUUAAUCAUCACUGUGUUAUCAUUGUUGUAUGAUAUUUAUGAAAGGGACGACAAAGUGCUGCUGAUGACACAUCAAACCCAAGUUCGACAGAGCGUGGACAGUAUAGAAACCACUUUCUUGAUGAUUACGAUCAGGUCAGCACAUUUACACUCUUUCUAACUUGUGCCUUUGAGCUGCUUCGAGUGCAGAUAUAGAACCUUGUAUUAUUUCUAUUUAGGAGGUUUUCCAGAUGCCAGAUGUGCGUCUGGCUGCUACAGGUAUGGACUCCUGUCCUGCCAGCGAUGAGGACACUGAGGAUGAGCUGGAAUCUGCCAGAAGGAACAGCAAUACAUCCAGAACAAGACUGCUGCCCAGCACCUCAAGACAACUUGUAAGAAGGCACACAUUUCUGGAUUGCUGAUUCUAUCUGUAAAACUGAGUUUUGUUUACUGAAACUUAUUUUUUAUUUGUUUGGACGUCUAUUUGGUGCAGGUUGGGGAGAGUAAUCAUCCCAGUCUCCGACCGGGCUUAGAGGGAGGCAGUUCUGAUGAUGAGGCUUCAAAUGGCCGGGGCGGUCCAUCUUUGUCCGGUAUUGAACACAGGCGAUCAGCUGAGGGACAAGUCAUCAACCCCCCUGUUACAGGUGCAAUAUGCUGUUGAAGGAUGGGAUUUGUUGUUUUUUUCAGUAAUGUGCUUUUAAAGAAAAUGCAUGUAAAAGAAAAAUCGGAUAGUGACAACCUCAUUAUUAUAUGAGGUUGGUAUACAUUUUAAAGCCUUCAUUCUAAAAAAAAACAGAAAGUUGUUGCUGGUGCUUUCUUUAGCUUGGGUGCAGCUUUACAAAGCUUCAAAAUGUGUUGUUUUUUGGCCACCAUGAUGGUGUACCUGAAUCACUGAAGCUGAUUUUAGCAUGACGGACAUUCCAGUUUCUGCUUUUGCCUGGCUUGCAAAGUUUCCUUUUUACUGAAACAAACGGCAUUAUGAAAACUGAGUGCAGGGGAUGUUAUGGAGUCAGGGUACAUUUACAUUACUGAACAAAGUGUCGUUCUUUGCUAGAUGUUUGUAAGUGGUAUUAGAGGGUCAGCCACUUUUAACUUCUUCUGAACCUAGCUGCAUGGUCAAGUAGUAUCAAGUCAUCAGCAGGUCCCCAGUAUUACAUUUAACACUCAUACUUUUUCUUCAGGCUCCUGCAAUAACCUUAACUUUAGACGGAGAAAUUACAAUGGUGAAUUGGUGAUUAGUGAUUUCUUCAGAUUGUGUUAAAGAUUAAAUGUUUCAAAUGAGGCUUCAUUAGGAAAAACAUUUAGCAGACUUUCUGUUAUUGUUAUUCAUCACACAAGGAGCAGUUCCUUGGUAGUUUAAAGACUGAUUUUCUUCCUCACAAACCAUAAUGACCAUCUUUUUAUUAUGCUGUUGUAACCCCAGGGGAUGGAGGUGGUGGGGAUGGAAGCAGCGGCAGUGAGGAAAGCGGGAAUGACGGUGGAGUUUCAACCAUCCCUCUCCCGGCAACUACUGUCCCGACCACCUAUGAUGUCUUGCGAGGACUUGGGAUUGUGGGUAGCAGUGCUGUUGGUGAAGAUGACGACAGUGAUCUGAAUAAUCUGCCAGGACAUGGGAGAACCAGUGUCUCAAGACAUACUGAGGUAAGAAGGACUUUGAUGGACAUGUAUAGUUUGUGACAUUUAUAGAAGCUGCCUUUGCAGCACAAGCAAGCAGGCUUUUUGGGCCACUGAUUUAAAGUGAGAUUCUUCCUUUCAUAGAAAAACCUCUGAUGCACUCAAAAAUCUAGUCACAUUCAUGAUACCAUGUUUUGUAGAUGGGUGACCGUGUGGGUCCUGUUGGAACUGGAGAGACCAGCUCCUCUUUGGGUGCUGCACUGGGAAAUCAGAAACUUUCUCCGGUCAACUGGAGCAUGGUACUGGAUCGACAGGAGGCCCUGGUGAGUACAGAUGUCACCUUAAAAGCCUACAUGUGGCAUUUUGGAUAUACUUUAAUUUAUGGAGUAUGAGGGAAAAUGUGUGUGAGUGUUGUCCAUGGCUGAUGGAAACAGAAUUGAUAUUAUAUUUUAGUUCAAUUUGAUUAGUAGAAAAAGUAUUGUGGUUUGAAACAAAAGACAACUGUAUUAAAGGUUCAGGUGCCAUGAAUGAAUUCGUACAUUAGACUAGGGAUGGGCGAUAUGGGCUAAAAAAUGGAUCACGAUAAGAUUUGCCAUUCUGGCAAUAACGAUAAAAAAUAUCCUGAUGAAAAAUAUUAUAAUUUCAAUCUAUAUUUUUGACUCAUUUUGUCUUGAGAACACCAGUUGGAAAAGUCAAAUAAGAUACUUAACCACAAGUUUGAGUGGUAGGUUAUGGAGAAAAUAUUUUCAACAUUUUUUGAAAACUCUUAUUGCUCAGAGUAAACAGCAGCAGAUCCACUCUCCGAUGUCAGGCAUACCUGAUUGCACUUGUCUAAACUCCAAUCUUGAAGGAAAUCCCUCAUGUGGAGCCUCGUUCAGUAAUGAGCUGCUCAGAAAUGUCUUCUUUAUUACCUUCGGCCAUGUUUGUUUGUUAUUCUGCUCUGUGUGGGCAACGGCUGCGAGUCCGUCGCUCACACUUACGUCAUUAACUUGCACUUAUUGCGUUUAUCGUGAGAUGGCAAGUUUUUAUCGUGGAGGAUUUUUUUUAACGAUAAAGCAUGAACCAUAAUUAAUCGCCCAUCCCUACAUCAGACCUGUCUGCUAAACAAAGAAAAUAAUCAAUAAAAUUGUGAAGCUGUGAUAAUAUUUGUUGUUUCACAAUUUCAGAGUGUAGUUCUUCCAGAUUUAUCCAGACUUGAUCUAAAAGGUGACCCAUAUGAGUCAAAGAACAUUAAAAGGGGGCAGUCAGCUGCUUUGUGAUGGAAAGAGGAUAAAAGCAAACUCAAUGAGCUAAAAUGUGUGAUGAUGUUUGUGUAAAGCUUGAGAUUAUCCUUCUAUGUCAAACUGACAGUGGUGAGCAGUGUUAGCCAUAGCUGUUUUUUUUUUUUUUUUUACACACUCUGAUCCCUUUGGAAUAUAACAUGAGAUUAGCUGUUACAGUGAUUCUUGUUUGAUCCAGUUUUGAUCAGUGCUUUGUUUCGGUGUGUCUUCGUAAAGAAGGGUGUAACGGGCUUUGAUGCCACAUACUCAGAAUCUGUGUGUGCAUGUUCGAUAAUUGGUGCUUCUUAUUGAAGUAUAAUCAGAGCCUUUCAUGCAACAAACAGGAUCUCAGUAACAGAGUGAUCAGCAGUUUUCUCUCUCUAUCCCUCUCUCUCAUAUGCAAGUACAAAUAAGAGUUGACGUGGCUCUGGGCAUGCUCUGUGUCUGUCACUGGUUUUUGCAAACCCAGUUCGUCAAAAUGAAGAGUCAAUUAAAGAGCCAAAAUAGAUCACAUGUUAAAUGGUUAAACUGACAUGUGUUCCACAGACAUUAAUCGAAUUGUGGGUUAUAAUUCAGUUCAAAAGGUUUUGACUGUUCUUGUAACUGCUCGAAACAAAACAAGGACUUUAAAUUGUUAUAUGAAGCCUCAAGUGAACUGUACCAUACAUAGGAAAUGCUGUGUGUAUUUGCAUUUUUUCAAUGAGAGAUUUGUGAGUGUAGGUACUGUAUAAGUAGCCGUAAUAAAUUCUUUGUGGAUGAAUACCAGGAUGCCAUGGAGAGUACAGACUCGGGGCCCACCAUUGAUAGAUUAUUGGACUCAGUCUAUCUGAGGAGUGGAGCUGGACUCAAGAGACCUCAGGACUCAGCAAACUUCACUUUCUCUCACCUUCAGGGAACCUAUGGGAGCUUCCACUUCUCCCAGGUAUGAUCCAUAACCUAUGAAAUGUGUGCUUUAUAAAAACAAGGUGGCUUUAUCUGAUUUUUCAUUUUGUUACUUAAACUCUGUUUGGCUUUUCAGUUUGGUGCUUUAGAGAUUUGUUCCUUGAUUGUUGUCCAACAAACAAUAUCCAGUGUUUGUGAGUUUCAUGUUUCCGGUCCGAGCAGUCUGUCAGCAGCAUGGCGAAACACUCAGAGUCACAGUUUUUGAUCAUGAUUUGGCAGCAUGAACAUUUCUUUUCAUCUGCACAGUUAGUCUUUGGUUAGGCAUGUGAUUUAUAAGGGUGGAUGGGGAUUUAUUCAGCUUUCUUAACAGGUUCUAUGAAAUGUUGUUUUGCCGCACUGAUACUCCUGCACAGAAAUGGUACUUAAAAUGUAAAGUAGCACGAUUUAUUUGACAAGAUGUAACAUAAUAAUUAGGGAUGUUCUCAACUCAUAGUUUAAUCAUAGAUAUUGUUUGGCAGCACUAGAGCUAAGUGACGACGUGAAGGACAGACUAGUUGAUAGAAGAUGAUCAAUCAAAUUCAGGUCAGCUGUUGGACUUCUUUGCUGUGAAUCCCCCCUCUAAGGGGAAAAGUGGAACUGAAACAUGCUGGCAGGAGCUGGUUCUGCCCUACAGUUUUCACCCCCCUCUUUAUUACUAAAUGCUGAGGAAUUUUGUACUAUCGUUGAAACUUUAGGAAACUCUCAACCUUUAUUGGUUGUGCAAAACUCUUCCUUUUCUGAUUGCUUGAAGCUUCUUAUCUUUGAACUCCGUCUGUUGCAUGUUUCGAAAUAAAGUAAAACAGGCAGGACACAAAGUGGAAUUUUGAAUUUUAUGCAGUUGAUAACUGUUGUCACUCAUCCCAUACUCAGGCUAUGCUCCCAGAAGGUGAUGACGAGGAGGAGGAUGAUGAUGAUGAUAAUGAUGGAGUAGAUGAGCCUGACGGUGCCAGGUCUUCUUUGGGCUUAAGGAACGGGCCUUGUGGUAAUGUGACUGGUGCAGAAGCUUCAGCUGGUACGAGUGAGGAUGAGGAAAAUCCUCUGUCCACCUCCCUGGAACCCAAGUAUUUCUCCCAGAGCUUCCACCAGGACCAAGAAGAUUCAGAUGAUGGUUGGAACCACUGCUCGGGCAACCUGGAGCUGGAGUUCCAAAAAGGUCAGCUUUAUCUUAGAUGUUCAAAUCAGACAUUUUUAAAAUGAUCACAGAUCUAGGACACAAAGCUCAUUCUGUUUUAUAUUUGUGGGAGAGUGUGUUAACAGCAUGGCUUGCUUUAUUAGGUGCUAAUGCCGCUCAUGGUGUAGUGUACCAGAAUGAUGAAGGGCAGUGGGUGACAGACCUUGCAUAUUACUCCUCCUUUGAGAAGGAGGUUGAUGGGAAGACAUCCGAGAACGGUGGACAGUUUGAGUCUGAGGAGUUUGUUUCUUCCAGUAUGUAACACACAGAUCUAAUGUAAUACCUGAAGAUUCAGCCUCAGUGUUUUCAUGUUUCAGCGCUAAACCCAUGUGACUUUUCUUUUUACCUCUGCAGGUGAUGCAGUGGACAAGAUCGCUAAAGAUCAAGAGGAAUUUGAGAAGGAACAUCAGUUCAUGCAGGUAUACACCAGUGACUUUUUUUCAUUUUUCUGGAUUGAACAUUCACCUUUUAUUAAUGCAAUACCUCGAGAACCCCUCAUAUCAGAUGUGACCUGCUGUGCGAGCAGCCAUGCCACAGCAUACACAGUUCCUGCUGCUGCAGCCACUCAGUGUUUCAUAAACAAAGACCAGACCUGGGCGUGCAGCUAUAUUUCCCAGCAAUUUUCACUCAUUUAAUUUCUGUCGAACUUUGGUGUCCUUCAUCAAAAAUGAUCAUGGUCUGUGUGUCACAAAUACUGUUUGAUCUGCCUGUGAUCUGAAAGGGUGCUAAAAAGAGAAGAGACAACAGAAGGUCCUUCUGUUCAAUAUAACAAUUAAGGGCUAAUGUUAAAUAUAAACCUUCUCAUUCCACUGUUUUAACAGUUUGAUGCAGCUGGUUUCUGUUGACCUCAGUUUUGGAUCAUCUUCAACAACCGUUGUCCUCACUUUAAUCGCCUGUUGCGAUAUUGCAACAUUAGAAACGCUGAUGUUAAAGGCCCUCCUGAUCAGUGUUGUUAAAGCUCAGCAGACAUUAAGAAACUGUAUGAAGGAGGAGAGCUGCGGCGCUGCUGUCAUGGGCAGAUUCAGCACUUAGCUUAGGGUGCCCCAGCCCCUAGAGUGUUUCCUCCCCCCGUAUUUGAUUGUACACCCCAAAAUUCGUAAUGGGCUAUUUGCGUUUUUUGCUAUUGGCUGUGACUGAACUGCAAAGACAGCUUCUCUCACAAUUAUUAUUGGAUGAGACUUUAAAAAAAAAAAAAAAAAAAACAACCCGUAAAUAUAGAUGCUAAAAAUGUUAGCUUGCGUGUUUCUGUUGUGUUAUGUUAUGUUUUUGAUCUUAUUUAAAGCUAACCUAAUGAUAACUUAUAACAUGAUGUAAAAUAAAUAGGACAAUAUCUUUUAAUUAACACACUCUCCUUAUUAAAUGACAAUAAAAUUUCCACUGCAUUAUCUAUUCAAACCAUGUCAAACUUGAUUGAGCCUUACUGCAGACAAAGCUUGUCUGAGAGGUGGGGUAGGUGGGAAUCCGUUAAAGAAGCAUUUUUUUUGUGGUGUAAAAAAAACAAAAAAGCUUUUUAUAUCAGUCAAUAACUAUUAGUCAUUGAUGAGAUUUGGUAAUAUAACGAUAUAACUGUGUUUUGUUAAGUCUGUGUAGUAACAUUUUUAAUUUUUUGAGCAGCCCGCUCUUUCUGACUGUAAACAAAGCCAUCCUCUGCCUCCCCCAACCUGACUGGUUGUGAGAUGGACACUGCUCCUUAGUGCUGAUGGUUGUAAGGCGGACGCUGUUCCCCCCGUGUCGUUCAGGAGCCCAAACAAAGUUAGCGUGCUACAAAAUCGGACAGUAGAAACCAACCAGAAAGUACAGAAAAUUGUCUGACUCCUCCUUUGGCUACAACCACCAACACAAGGAAUAAAAUGAAGUAAAUACUGGGACUCUGGUGGAAUAAUAGGCACUUAAAAAGGAGGUAGACCACCCAGACAAGAGCUAAAAAGCUGGAUCAACAAUGAUGGGGGAAGCUUUGGGAUCUUACAGACCCUGUAACCUUUAUGCUGGAUAGCUAAACUGCUUUAACAAAGUAGGCCAAGUGUCUGUAACAGAAGUGUUUCUUGUCAAAUGGGAUCUGCUGCGUGUUGUAGGGCCGCUAAACUGUUUACCUCGGGUCCUGGAGUAUGUCACUUAAUCUGAGUUGUACUUCCUCAGAUCCUGCCUACCCCACCUUUAACCUCAUGGCCAAAGACUUGGACUUGUGAAAACUCAGAGUCAGUGUCAGAGUUGCUUCCCUAUCUAAAAAACUAAAAAUACGAAAGGCGUUGUAUUUGGUUGUUUGUCAUAUUUAGAUUAAGCAGCCAAUAAGGGAAUGGAUAGUUUAGUGAAGUAUGUUGCUGGUUGAUCACAUUAAAAAAGGCGCAGAUGUACCUCUCAGCCAUCUUUUUUUCUCACAUGAAAGUACGCUCUCUUAUGACUCAUUUUAUGCAUUGCUAUUCUCACAGGAGGAGAAGAUUGAACCAGCCAGCAGUAACAGCACCUUUAACUGUGACUCAUCUUGGAAGGCUCCCACUAGCAGCCACAUCCUUAUGAGGGCUUCCCAGGUCUCCUCUGAGUUUCAGCAGUGGGACCAAAGCUACCUGCGGCUGUCUCUUGGGCAGUUUUUUGAACAACGCUCUGAAGCCCUGGGUUGUCUGGGCAACAGUGAUGAUGUGGAUGCAGUUAAACGGGUCAGUAAACAUACAGCUUAUUAAAAAAAACAACAAAAAAAUGUUCUGCGUGCCGUCACAAGUCUUAUGGAAGCGGUUAAGAAUUCAAUAACAUGAAACAUUAAUGCCUAUCAGCGCUGAUAUGCAGCAGGUAUCUGAAUACUUAUCAAGUCGAGCUGUGUUCUUUGUCAGUGGCAGUGAGAGACUCAUGUUGUAGUAACUUUUCACCAACAAAAUGCUGUUUUAGCAGCACAGCUCAAUGAAUUUUUAAUGGUGUGUGGAGUCUUCAAUUCUUCAAAUCCUAGUUUUCCCGUUCAAAGAUACUGAUUUUAACACAGUCUGCACUGUUUAUAGACUCAUAUACUGUGCCAAGUUUGGACAGUCAGUCAUAACUUUAAAGGGAGAAUGUUUAUAUAGGAACAAAUAAUAAAUCUGUUCCUAGAUUUUUUUCUAUCUACAGCCCUUCAACUCUUUAUUCCUGAAAAGAUAAAUCAGAGAAGAACCUUUAUUUUGGGUUCAUAAACUAUGAUGUAGGAUUGUUGCAUUGACUGCCAUACUCAAGUAGCUUUUUUAAUCAUAUUGAGGGCAUUUCUGAUACUCAUGACAUCAUGGAAGACUUGGGCGCUAAGUUCAUGUUUCAGAUACAGCGUUGAUCUGAGAUGGAACUUGAACUAAAAGCUUAUUCUUUGAUCAUGCAGCCGUCCUUUGGCUACAUCAUUACCUCUCCAGAGAAGAGGGAACCUUUCCCCCUGAUUCACCCUGCAGAGUUCUCGGCUCAAGGCAGCUCUCUCCCAAAUGAAACCAUGGACGUCAGCGAAGCAGAUAAGACUCUCAACCCAGGUGUGUUGAUUAUGUUUCUGAAGCUGAUGAAGUCCAUACAACUCUUCUUGACACUUUUUGUAACUUGCUUAUCAGUGAGUAAGAAUUGUAUGAGUUUUGGUGACUGUUUGCUUGAUCCUGCCCCCUUUCAGAGGACCUGGACAAAACCCUUGAGGCACCAAUUGAAAGGAUGUCACCUAAAUGUGAUGCUGCUGACACAGAACCAUGUGCAAAUGAGGUAUUAUUAACUUGGUCUAAUGUAACAUUUCUUUUAUUGCAUAUCUUUAAUUACUGUCUAAUGUCAAAUGUCCUCUUUUCUUAAGAAAAACGUCCACAGGGCUGCACUGCCUCUGCACACUGAGUCAAGCUUGAAUAAUCAAAGCUGCGUGUCCCCAGACAGCAACAGCAGCAAUCUGAUGCUGAGUAUCAGCACAAUUGCUUCAGCCAUUGCUGAUGCAUCUAUCAGCACUGACCCAUCACAGCUGGCUGCUAUGAUUAUGGAGCUUUCUAAGAGGAGUAGGAAGAGAACUCGUCCUGAGGCGCCUGUCGCUCCUGGUGGACCUAAUGAGGAACCACAGUCAACCGAACAUGUAAAUCUUUUUUUUUUUUUCCACAUAUUGAUCUGAAAUUAUUUGUUCUUUGAGUUGUACAAAACAAAAAGUUACACAUCUAUCCCAACCAUUUAAGUUAGUUGCUUAGUGCCAAAGUGGUGAAUGGACAUUUGAAUUUGACCACAUCUAGUCCUCUGACCAUUCAGAGUACUUUUGCAUAACACGUUACAUUCACCCACUCAUAUGAAGUAGUGACAGUUUCAGCAGACUCUGUCAUUUUGGGCAUAUUAGCUCCUCAUCAGACUAAAAUUACAGUGGAUCCCCCUGUCUUGAGUGCGUGCAAACACACUCACAUAAGCCUGAAUAAUCUGAGAUAAUUUGUAGAAAACAUGUGCAAAAUUAAUGAAACUUUACUGCUCCUUAACAUAGAUACUAAAGUCUUAAAAAUAAUCAAAACUAUGUAUUCUACAUUGUAUGAAAUUUAACAUGAAGGUAACACCAACAGGUAGACAAGAAGCUUUAAAUUGCCUUGUUCUUGUCCAGGGUAAAACUGUUUAACUGUGAUUUAAAAUGUGACCACUGUUUAUUGAAAUAAGGUAUUUACCUAUAAUUUUACAUUAAAGUUAAUGCUCCACUUUAAGGAGAAAAAAGAAUGAGCAACCACCAGUAUCUCGUUAAAGUUUAUGAUUUUUCCCUUUGAUAUAGAUCCUCCAUGAGCCAGAUCACAGAGCCAUGCUGGACACACUUCAGAGAAGCACCUACGAUGGCGAUUUGAGCACGAUUGACUUUGAGAAAUAUCUGAAAAAGAGUGAUGUGUCAGGCAGCAGUGAUGCAUCUUUGGCACACACUACCUUUAACCUCACUAGCUGGGCUGAAAACUUGAGCUGCCUCCAAAGAAAUCCUCUGACAGUUUGUCCACAGGAGCAGGAGAGCUCGGCUCGGACGGUGGAUUUAAAAUCUGAAGAUAGAAAAGGAGAGACAGCAUGGAACACAAGCUCACCUGCCGUGCCACUUUCAAAUAUAUCAUCUCAUAAAGUUGAUUCGAAAAGAAGCUCUAUUCCUCGACCAUGUGCAUCUUUCAGCUCUGCUGGAAGAUCGAUAGGCUCAGGGCAAUCCUCCAAUCUUAAAGUUCCAGAAAAUGUAGCCAAGUCAGGAGAGUUGAACUCGCAAGCAUCAAACAGUAUGAGGUCUUACACAGAAACAUCUCAGUCCAGCUUCCCAAGAACCUCACCAGGAAGGAAGAAGGGGCAUUCAGGCGUCCCUCUCCCCAAAAGUUUCUCUCCUCCACCUCAGAGGUUGAGUGGUGCAGGCCAGCAGCACAACAGACCCAUAGAUUCUCCUGAGAAGAAACCAUCACCCAGGAACACGAAGACUGCAUCACUCUCUCACUCCUCUGUGGAAAAGCAUGUUGAAAUCUCUUGUCAAAGCAAACAGCCUCAAUUAAACCCUGCAACUGGUGAGUCAACAUCAGGAAUGUGGCUUCUGAUUGAAACACCAUGCGUGAUAGCAGCCUUGGUCGCCCUGACUGAGAUAAUCCUGAGGUUUCAUGAACGUUUGUGUUAACUCCAUUUCUCUCAUGUUCUGAAAGGUUUCCCUGAACCACACAUAGAGGAGACACAGUGCAACUUCAGACCGUCCACUUCUCCGCUCACUCACUCUUCUCCAAGUCAGACAUCUAUACCCAGUGCUGACAGGUAUUGUAUCUUGUGUGUGGCUUCUGUUGCUCAUUUGUUGUUCCUGAUCCAGCCAGAACAUUAGUAUUCUUGUGCCUCUUUUAUUCACGUGUUUUCUCUUCUUCUGCAGUUUGGGAUCCCCUGCUUUGUCAAAUGGAGGUCAGGCAGACAAACGCCCCGUUCUAGACCACUCUCCUCAGUCUACCUGCUCCAGCCCUAGUAUCAGCAGACUCACAUACAUCUCAAUGAAUGAUGGCACUGUCAUACCUACACCUGAGAGGCAACAAAAGGUAAAGUAGAAUGAAUUCAGGGAAGGGGAGGAUCUCACGUGAAUAAGAAUGUAAAGGUUUCCACACCAGAUACUCACACGGUGUUAUAGAUGUUAAGAGACACCUUUUGAUAAUCAUACUCUUUCAUAAUUAAAGCACUCUUAGUCUAUUUCGCUAACUAAACAAAAACUCCCCUCUCCUUUUGACAUACUUGGUUCAGGCCUUUGACAGGAAGACCAGGGGGAAAGAUCUGUUUCAGCAUUAAAGAAGUGUCAGAGUCGUGUUACUUUGACGUUUAAGUGUAUUCACUGGCUGCAUGACCAUGACCAUGACUUUCCAAAUGUAGGGCUUUUUGCAGGCUGUGAAAGAAGUGGCUAAAAUUUAAAGCCAUAUAGCACAGUUGUUCUUUGAACCAGCUGUACAUAUACAUGCUGCAUUCAUUGGGCCGCUGUGGCUUAGUGGUCGACUCUGUCUCUCAAUCAGAAAGUGUUCAAUCCUAGGUCCUGCUGUCCACAUGUCAAAGUAGACACUUGGCCCCAAACUGCCCUGUUGUGUUUUUUCCCUAAUUCAUAGAUUUCCAUGUGAACUUAUUGAACAUAUCUGGCUGUAUUGUAUGCCUACAGAACAUAUGGAGGUAUAGUGAUUGUUGAACACAAAGAGCAGAUCAAGAGACAAUCUCCAUAGAUAUUCAUAUAGAGAGGCUGAAACUACCACAUGUGGAAUUGCUGCAACAAGAAAACGAAACAGAAAUCUUUCAGAUGCUCGUCGUCCAGUUUCUGUCUGCUUGUUCUUAUUGAGCAUGUCCACACAAUCAGGAGCACAGUCAGUCUGAGUAAACACACUCUGACGGUGCCAAUGUUGCUGGUUUGCCAUCUUUGCCUGUGUGAGGAGGAAUCUCUGCAAGUACUUACAAAGUUUUCAACCUCUGUUUUCGCUCAGUCAGUUCUAGCUGUUGUGUAUUGGUGUCUGAAAAAUAGAGCUCAUGGAGACCUGGCACACUGCUGCAGACCUUGGCUGAGUGUCUCUGCUGUGCACCACACAUGCCUGUAGGUGGCCAUUGAAACAUGCUUUCAACUUAAAACACCACCCUGACAGCUCAUAUGAAACCACAAUUAUUUGAUCUCUAGGUGAAAGAAAACUGAGCACAGAAGUGUGUUCAAGCUCAACAUUGGAUAAAUUAUUAACAUCCCAUAUCAUAUGAUUGGCUUUACAGAGCAGUCCCCUCCAUCAGAGUAUUCAGGUGGUAUGAAUCGGUGAAUCUGACAUGCAGUGUAAAAGCACUUAAAGUGGUCAGAGGACUAGAGAAGGGGUUAAAUAAACCUACAUGAACAAAGUGCAGCUGACGCCAAAACCAGGAAGUCAUUUGGGUGAAAUGAUCAGGCAGCUUCUGCUCAGACUUUGGAUGUCAUGUUAUGAUCUGUUGAAACUAAGUCUUGGAUAAAAUAAAACUUUCUUGCUCAUUGUUCAUCAAAAAUGAGGGCAGACAAGUUUUCUCUUUGCAUCAAACAGCAAAAAGUGGAGUAACGUGUUUUGGCUAAUUUGCUUAUAAUUGCACAUCCUGCAGUCAGACGUGCACAAAGCUGUCUGUUCUUCAAUAAUGAAUGUCAGCUUCAUGUUAAGGUGAGAUUUUUUCGAAAAGGUAGAGCAGUGAUUUUGAUCAUUCCUGAUAAACCUCUGAAAUAUGGAGUAUUCUGUUGUGUUUGUCCUGAUUCAGGCUAACGUUGUCUCUGGUUGUUUCCCCCAGCAGAAUAACUGCACCAUGGCACUCAGCACCACCAUCAUCAGAUUUAGUCCAACUCCACCUCUGGAACAAGAUACUCAGACUAACCUUGAUUCCCUGGGCCAGUCUAAAUGUUUAGACCAGAUGCAGCCCCAGCACUCUAAAAGUCUGGACACAUUACCAGCACCACCGUGUAGAAGCCCAGAGUCCAGUUGUGACCCUGCACUGACCUGUACUCGCAGCCAGAGUGAAAAGAACUACCACUGCCCAGGGGAAAGAACUGGUGACCCCUCAGCAGGUUACAGGAACCAGAAGCCCCUCACUGAGUCCAAUGUAAGGCAGCUCUCUAAAGUGGACUCAGGCUAUUGCAGUAAUCUGAACAUUCAGCAAACUAGCAGUGCUGCAGCUCCUCAGAGCUCCCAGCAGUGGGGAGCUUCGAGAUCAGUGUCAUCCUCCAUGUGUAGUGGUGGUCUUGGCAUUCCUCCAUCCUACUCAGCUGGGGGACUUCACUAUGUACCCAUCCCCAGUUUUAAACCCCAAUGUGCUGGACUGGCUGAAGUUCCUCAUCAGCGAGACAUGCAGUCCCUUCCCUCUGGACACACUUUCUUCAAUGCACAGCUAGCUCAGCAGCAUGUGGGACCCAAGGCUUCAUUACAUCCUGGAGUAUACCAUGUUGGAGCAGGAGGACCUGGACUCCUCAGUGUGUCCUCGACAGGUAUGUCUUUCCUCGCUGCUUUCAAAAACAAAGUGAUUUACCUCUGCCUGACAGUGCGAUAUAAGAAAACUCUUCAAAAACUGUUAACAAUGAUAAACAUAACCUUUGUUUCAGUUCAGGAACAUUUAUUUUGGCUCCUCUGGGAACUCUGACCUCCCAAAAGCCACACACAACUCUUAAUACAUAUUUUUACUAGAACAAACAUUGUAGAAUAGAAAUACAUGUCGACAAUAACAAGAAAAAAUUUGACACAAUGAUAAAAGUUUAGUAACCAUUCAAAAGUUUUUGAAAGAGAAAAAAGUAUCUCUAGACUUCCACCAAAGGAGCUCCUCUGUCUGAGCUGCUCAGAAGGUUGAGCUAGUGUUUGUCUUUCUGGCAGUGUGUGUUGUGUUGUGUUGUGUUGUGUUGUGUUGCGUUGUGUUGUGUCAUGUUUUGUCGUGUAGCCUGCAGCCAGCCUGAGCUUGUAUUUAAAGCCUCCACAAACAACAUCCAGGUUAGACUGCUUGGUACAAUGUUGAUCUCACAGAAAAGCUAUAGCAGCUGGAGUUAUGUAUUUUGAUUGGAUUCUCACAAAAUAUCCGUCACCAGCAGGAUUUAUUCAUUGUGCUUUAGAAUAAUAACUGAAAUAAAUCAUAGAAAGUUAUUUUAAUGACUUAAACUUAGGAGUGUGACCUUUCUUGAAUAGUCUGUUUAAAAUCAACCACUUACAAAUCCUAUUCACUAGUCUGCCUUUGAAUCCACAAAAUCCUAGUUGCCAAAUGAAUCGAGCUUUCUAUGUUUUUUUUUUUUCAGGCAUACCCAAUGGUAGUCUCAUGGAGAGACACUCUCAUCACUCAUCAGGUCCUCUGGGGAUAUCUGGGGCUGCUGGGCCCCACAACCUCCCCAAUACAUAUCAGUGCCAACAGGAAAUGGGGAUGCUGGGGAAACACUAUGGUUACUAUGGAGCAGAGCCGCUGGUGGCAGGUGGUCUUGAGGAUCUAAAAGGUAAAAAUGUCAUAAGAGACCUUUUCAUACUCACUUUAACCUUCCAUUAUGAUUCUCAGUGACACUGCUAGAGUACCUCUGCAGGAUUUGCAGCUCAAACAACUCCUAGUUUGUCAUCAUAAACUGGUGUAUGAGAAAUCGCUUUUCACCAGUACUCAGCCUCUCCCUAAAAUGCCUCGAGUUGGCUGCCUUUCCAGCAAUAGAAUGUACGACUCAGUUUGUGGAUGUUAUUUUUUACACAGUUCUGCGGUCAUGAAAAAGACCCAUAAGUUUGUCUUUAUAAAAACUGUCUGGGGCGUGUGCUUGAAAGCAGUGUAUUUGAGUGCUCCUUAAACAUUGUUCUAAUGGAACACCUAAGCUGGAUGUGAGGUUCAGGCCAAGUUCAGAAUCUGACAAGAGUCAGAAUACUUGAUGUAUUCCAUUACACUCGCUCUUGAAAAUACUAAUAUAAAUAGAAGGAUAACGGAAACAGGGAUGAAAUGAGAAUAAGUAAGAAAUUAUAACAGUUAGUACAAAGAGCAGAACAUUUGGAAAAACAGCUAUUUACAAAGUGCAGAAUGUGAGUAGUUAUGGUAGUUAUAUUACCUUAGAUCAUAUUGAAGUAUUGACCGGUUUACAAACAGAUUGCACAGUUGAAUUUGAUUCUAUGAAGUGGAGAAAUUUACAGUCACUACAUGAUCAAUGAGUUCAGGGACAGUCAGAGGGAGAAGUAAUAAAGUUUGAUGGUCACAGGUAAAAUAUCACGAUUCACGAUAUUAUCAUGAUAUUAGCGCAUUGCUUUUAACAUUAUUAAAAAUGGCUAGCAGAAACGUUAGCAGAAACGUCACUAACAUUGUCAAUAAUAAGCAGUAGAGUAGACCAAACUUGUUGCGGUCAUGUUGUUUUUACCUUGAUUUGGGUGAACGAUGCUGGAUGGUGUUCACGGAGGUGGGCACGUAGGUUUGAAGUGUUGGACAACUGCGCUGCAACUUCCUUGUGGCAUAACCUGCAGAUUGGUGUCAGGUUUACCUGCUCCGUCUGUUUUGUGAAUCCGUAAAAUGUCCAUACUGCAGAUGAAGCCUUUUUAAUAGGAGGAUACAGCCGAGGCAAAUCAACAUAACAGGGCUUCUUCAGUUAGACCCUUUGUGUUGCAGGACAGUCUCUGUUAGGAUGACUUCCUUUACCUCUCUUUAAACCAUGUGUCCACUUGAAAAAUAGAAAAAGGUGUGCCCCACCUCCACUUUUUAUUUUAUUUUGUAGUUCAUUUUUUUAUUUUUUUAUGUUGUUUUAUUUCUAUUUAACUUUGCUGUUUAUGUAAAAGAAAAAAGCAAAUAAAUAAAAAGUUUCAGAAAAGAAAAAUAGAAAAAGACUUUGAAACUCGUGCCUAACCUACGAUUGCAGAUAUGCUGCACCAGGGGGCAGCAUUUUCAUGUAUCAAUUUUUCCUCCUCUCCCUGUCAUCCGUAGGUCAAGUGAUGGUGCCAGAGGAGCUGCGGUUCCCUCAUGCCUGCUGUGUAGGCAUCGCCUCCCAGACCUCCCUGAGCCUCUUCAACCCCUCUGAGAGAUGGCAACAAGUGUCAAUCAGUGUCACCAGCCUGGCCAUUGAUGGAGAGAAGGUUAGCUGGAAGAAAAAAACAGUCACUGAAAUCCUCAUGUCAUUCUGUGAUACAAUGGUCAUCAAAUGAUUCCUUUGGUCAUAUUAUUCUUUACAUGUUCCUCUCCUUACAGGUUGAUAUCCUUCCUUACCAGUGGCUGAUAGUCAAAAACAAGACCAUCAUUGGCCCUAACAGCACAGAGGAGCAGAAGGUUCUCUUCAUUCCUCCCCAGGCUGGUGUCUACCAGUGUGUCCUCAGUGUUUGCUCAUGGCCAGCAUCUGCUGAGACUGAAGUUGCUGCUAGAGCCAAUAUCUUUGCUAAAAGGGUGGUGCUAGUUGCCAUAGCGGAGAAUCCUGCUCUAGAGGUGAGGACCUUCAUUUUAGACAUCCCUGUCACUAAAAAUAAUCUUCCGUGAAGAAAUACAGGAAAGUAAAACAAGAGUUGAGACAGUCCCUCCAGGAUUUCACAGGGACUAAAAUGCCUGAUUUUGAGGCAGUUUUUCUAAAAAAAAUUGUGGUGAAAGUUGCAAUCAUUUGAGGUUUCUUUUACUAAAAUCACAGGAAUAUGGGAAAUUGCAAAUCAGCUACAACAGUCUUUUGUGAGUUUUGAGCCUUAAAGAUAAAUGUGUAAUAUUUUCCACACAGAGUGCUCUGCAUCUCUGUGUAAUAACUGAGAGAUGCAGUGAUAUGCACAUAUAUUUGAGUCAUUUAAUUGUAGAGCCACACAGAGAGACGGACCGGCGCGCACAGAGACUCACAGCCACACAGAGAUCGGGUUACAUUCAGUCUUACAAUUUAGAGAAAAUAUAAAUGUAAGCACCAAGUUCAAUUCCUUUUUUCAUUUGUGUGCUUGUUUUUUUUUUUUUUAUCCUCAUAUACCUUGAUCCUUUUAGUCCCUGUUAGUGUUUAGUGUUUAGUGCCACAGCCUCUGUCAUCGUGACUUGUCUCGUCUGUCCUCUUUGAGUUUCAGCUGUUCUCCUUGCAUGUUUUGCUGUUGAACAGUAUCCGUCGAGCGACAACUUUCGCAUGUGUUGUACCACAAUAUUGCAGGCAGUGCAGAAGAGUUUACCUCCGCUUUCAUGGAACACAUCUGGAAAUUGACUUGCAGGAACUUGUUGAUAAAUGUGAGCGUUUAGUGUCACACAUUUCUCCAUCUUCUCAAUGUAAACAAGGUAGUGUAUAUGAUGACGUACAUGUCACGUAGAGACGUGGGCGAGAGGACUAAGUUUACUGGUCAAAUAUGCGGGAAAUUUGUGGUGAUUGGAUGAAAUUGCAGCGCCUCUCUGAAUUCACGGUAAUCGAUUGAAUUUGUAUUAAUAGUUGCUUAGCAAUAUGGUGAAUUCCUGGAGGGACUGUUAAGAUAUCUGUUCAAGACCGUGUUUUGAAAUACUUGGAGGACACUUAUAUGUUUUCACUGAAUUUUAAGUUGUUAACAAAUUAAAGACAUUUUGACACAGGGUCUAAAUUAAUUUCCUUUCCCAGGUCGAAGUUGGCAAGUCUGGCUGUCUGGAUUUUGGGGACCUUUCAGGAGGCAGUGCCAAAUCACUUCCUGUCAAACUUUUCAACCGGACUCAUGCUACUGUGCCCAUCCGACUGGUCAUCAGUGCAGUGAGUGAAAAAACAACAUUUUCUAUAUUUUUCAGACAGCAGAAAAGACAUGCACGUAUAUUUGAGUCAUUUGGUCAUUCUUAUAUGAUAAAAACUUUGUCAUCUUCCUAACACAGACAUGCAUUUAGCCACACUCUGUCAGGGUGUGUGACUUUUGACUAAAUAUUAACCUCAGCUAAUUUCCCCCUGUGGGACUAAUAAAGGAACAUCUUAAAAAUAAAAGAGCUGAAGUGGAAUAUUUUGUUAGCAUGAUGUUCCAGCUUUACACUGUCUGAAACUGUAAAAUUUGCAGCCUGAUGAAUUGUGAUUUAAACAGUCGAUCACAUUCUCAAAUCAUGACAUCACCCCAUUUUUUGAAUCGCAUUAGAAAACUGGCACAGUCUCCCAGAAAGCUUGACCAGAAACCACAAAAUCAAGUCAAUACAUAACAUUCAAAAACAAUCAAUUGACACUGUAACAUGUCGCCUCUUAAAACGUGCACUGAACCUUCUACUUAAAUCAUGGCAGCUGUCAGCUAAAAGAAACAGAUCAUUGAACACAACAAAAAACUCCUCAGAAAUCAAAACCAGUCAUCAGAAAAAAACAAAAACCUCCAGAUAACCGGAAUACCUGGACCAACAUUUUAAGGUUGUUAAACAGCAGGGUUUUUUUUUUUAAGUCAACUCUCAGCAGCUGGUGAACAAAAUUUACAGACGUGUGUACCACACAUCAUGUGGUAACUGCAGGUUUACCGUAUAUCUGCGCAGUCGAGCAACCAAACUCAGACCCUUUAACUGGAGCUACUGCUCCUGCUAGUGGUAAGAGAGUGUCUUACACCUUGUUCACAGCAUUUAACUUGUAAUGUUAACCAAUAUGAAUAGAAGCAUCAUGAUGUAUUUCAUCAGUAAUUUGGUCUUGAGUGGCCAAAGUGUUCACGUUAUUGUUGAAUAAACUUUCUGCAAAUAUCUCUGGCUGUUGGUGUGGUGACUGUCUGCAGAUAAAUACAAACAAAAAAUGCUGAAAGUGAUUUCUUCAUUUGAUGAAAGUUGUGAAGGAAAGAUUAGCAGCUGCUCAAAAGGUACCAGUUUCAGCUGACAUCAGGCCUUUAUUAUUUCCCUCUUAUCUAAGGAUGAUCAGUAUCAGCGGUUCAUAAUUUAUCACCCAUUUUUCCAGAACGCUGCAGCCUGGCGAUGUUUUACCUUCUCCAAACAUCCGGUAACUGAAGCAGGACAAGAGGAUGGACACAUGACCUCAGUGUCCUCUCCCUCUGUGAUGAACCAUGUGAUGCCUGCCAGCUACGGAGAGGUCGGACUCAUCGUUUUUUUUUAAGUCUUUUCCUGCUCUUUGGUCAUAGUCUAGUUAUUAUGGUCUGUUUUUGUUUUACCUCCUGUAAAGCUCAUUGGAGCAUUCAUCUCAAAAUAUAAAACCUAAAAAACUUAAUCGAAUCUAAAGACCGUUUUGACUGUUUUUUACAUUUUCCAGUAAUAUUUUAAAUGUUGUUUCUCUUUUUCCAGGAUCCACAGAGCUUUAUGGUCUGGGUUCAUUUCAAAUCACCUCUUAAAUACAGCGAUUCCUCAGGUAAUACACCUGAUUGGACUGCUUUUGUAAUUUAAAUCAGCAGAUCUUGACUGAGACGUCAGGCUUGUGUAGUUGCAUUGACAUAUUCUCUAGUUGAUUCACUCGUGACACACCUACUUUCUGAUGACUUAAAGUGUUUUUCUGGUGGUUCUUGUCAGGAGAGCUUGCUCCAGCGGAUGAAUACCAUGCUCGGGUGGACAUAGAAGUGGACUGUCCUGGUCCAAGUCAUAUUAUUUUGAGUAUUCCUGUCAGGGCGAGGUCUGGAACUGCAAGGGUCCAUGCUCCCAAGGACCUGCAGGUAGUAAACCUUUUCUAUGAUUGUCAUACCAACCUCUACUUUGAAAAGCCAUUGUUUAUAUCGAAGGACAAGAAAGUCUUGUUUGCAGUGAGAAAGAACAGUAUGUUUUAAUGUCCAAUGACCUGCCAAAAAAAAAAAAACAAAAAAAAAACACUGUACCAGCAUGAAAAAAAUUCAAUUCACAAAAUUCAACUGAACUGAAAAUGUCUAAAGAAAAGUUUGGGUGCAAAUAUUGAUCAGUGAUCAUGACUGUAAGGACUGAGAGGCUUUGGUUGGCUGCAGUUUUAGACCAGCCAAUCAGACAUUUAGUUUCCAGGUCAGUGGAUCAGUCCCCAUUUUGGAAGUAAAACAGUCCUUUUAAUUGAAUGUGGCUAUUUUGUGAUCAUGAAAUGUUGAAACGUUAAACUUGGCUAAAAGCUUGAGCUCUGAACACUCCAAGCCUGUGAGCCAUGAUUGUGCUCACUAACUUCAAACUAAGUCAUUGUCUGUAGUACAUGUCAGCACAUCCAUAGUCAUAAACAUGAGGUAGACUUGCUACUAACAUACUUUUGCUCCAAGGGGGAAUAUUAAGCCUGUUACACCUCACCAGUAUUGUGUGAUGUAGGGAGCCAUAAUGGUGGGGCAACAUGGUUGUGCAGAGUGGGGUAAAGAAGGCGACACUGUGAAGCAUGGAAGCCAACAGUGUAGAUGGAUAAUGAGUGUGUAUGUGCAUGUCUCGGUGUGUAUAUGUGGAGCUCCCGCUGAGUCUGUUCUCAUGCUGUGCCUCUCAUGCUUCUGUAACAAUCAAGUGCAGUGCGUAAUGACACACCGGGACACUGAUGUUAUGUUGCUUUGAGUUCUAAUGCUUAAGUACAAAUAGCAAAACUCUGUUCCAGUGGUGUUGGGGAGUUGCUGUGUGUGUGUGUGUGUGUGUGUGUGUGUGUGUGUGUGUGUGUGUGUGUGUGUGUGUGUGUGUGUGUGUGUGUGUGUGUGUGUGUGUGUAAGAGGCUACUGCUUUAUGGGAUGUCUUUCACGGGUGAGUAACAGCUUAUGAAUAUAUAUUUUUUAAUUUUAUGCAGGGAAGAACCUUUCAAAAAGAAAAACAUCUGAAGGGUGAAUGUUUAGUCACAUUCAUUAGUCAGGACAACUGAACACCUAAUGUAAAUGUGCACAGCUAGAAGUAGGGGUGGGGGGAAAAAAAUCAAUACAGCAUAGUAUUGCGAUAUUUUGUCUGGUGAUACAUCGUAUCAUCUCAUUGACCAAGUAUCGAUUAUUUAAAAAUGAAUAGCUAGUAUGAAAUAAAAUCUAUGAUAAUGGAAAAAAAUAAAAUGAACUGUUUGCCCAGUGAGGUUGAUGGAUGUGAAGUCAUAGAGUAGGCGAAAAUUACUAUGAGUACAAUACUAAUACUAUAUAUAUAUAUAUAUAUAUAUAUAUUUUUUUUUUUUUUCCCCUCAAAAAUUCUACACAAAAUACCCCACAAUGACAAAGCGAAAAACUUUUUUCGAACAUUUUGCAAAUUUAUUAACAAUAAGACACUCAAAUGUUUCAUAUACAUACGUAUUCACAGCCUUUGCUAUAAAACUCAAAAUUGAGCUCAGGUGCAUCCUGUUUCCACUGAUCAGCCUUGAAAUGUUCCUCCAACUUGAUUGCAGUCCACCUGUGGCAAAUUCAGCUGAUUGGACAUGAUUUGGAAAGCCACACCUGUCUAUAUAAGAUCCCACAGCUGACAGAGCACAUCAGAGCACAAACCAAGCCAUGAAGUCGAAAGAAUUGUCUGUAGACCUCUGAAACAGGGUUGUAUCGGCGCACAGAUCUGGGGAAGGUUACAGAAAAAUAUCUGCUGCAUUGAAGAUCCCAAAAAGCACAGUGGUCUCCAUCAUUAAGAAAUGGGAGACGUUUGGAACCACCAGGACUCUUCCUAGAGCUGGCCGCCCAGCCAAAAUGAGCAAGCGGGGGAGAAGGGCCUUGGUCAGGGAGGUGACCAAGAACCCAAUGGUCACUCUGACAGAGCUCCAGCGUUCCUCUGAGGAGAUGGGAGAACCCUACAGAAGGACCACCAUCUCUGCAGCACUCCACCAGUCAGGCAUUUAUGGUAGAGUGGCCAGACAGAAGCCACUCCUCAGUAAAAAGCACAUGACAGCCCACUUGGACUUUGCUAGAAGACACCUGAAGGACUCACAGACCAGGAGGAACAAAAUUCUCUGGUCUGAUGAAACAAAGAUCGAACUCUUUGGCCUGAAUGCCAAGCGUCAUGUCUGGAGGACACCAGGCACCGCUCACCACCUCGCCAAUACCAUCCCUGAUACAACCCUGUUUUGGAGGUCUGCAGACAAUUCUUUGGACUUCAUGGCUUGGUUUGUGCUCUGACGUGCUCUGUCAGCUGUGGGAUCUUAUAUAGACAGGUGUGGCUUUCCAAAUCAUGUCCAAUCAGCUGAAUUUGCCACAGGUGGACUGCAAUCAAGUUGGAGGAACAUUUCAAGGCUGAUCAGUGGAAACAGGAUGCACCUGAGCUCAAUUUUGAGUUUGAUAGUAAAGGGUGUGAAUACUUAUGUAUAUGCAACAUUUGAGUGUUCUUAUUGUUAAUAAAUUUGCAAAAUAUUCGAAAAAAAGUUUUUCGCUUUGUCAUUGUGGGGUAUUUUGUGUAGAAUUUUUGUGGGAAAAAAGGAAUUUAAUCCAUUUUCGAAUAAGGCUGUUACAUAACAAAAUAUGGAAAAAGUGAAGUGGUAUGAAUAGUUUCUGGAUGCACUGUAUUUGUGUGUGUGUGUGUGUGUGUGUGUGUGUGUGUGUGUGUGUGUGUGUGUGUGGUUUGUAAGAUAUGCUAUAUGACAAUAAAAAAACUGCUUAAAUAAGAAAAACAUAAAGGAAACACAAAUGUUUAAAUUAGCUUACAGUUGAAAAAAUUGUAUGAAUCGCAAUACAAUAUAUUGUAUCACAAUACUUGCUUAAUUUCAAAAUGUUAAAAAUCCCAAUAAUAUUGUAUUGUGGACCAAGUAUCGUGAUAAUAUCGUAUCAUGGGGCCACUGGUGAUUCCCAUCCCUAGCAAGGAGUAGACUAGGAGUAGACACAGUGUUAAUAGGCAGCUGUUAGCAAGCUUAUACACCAAUCUCUCCAUGUUGAACUUCCUGCUUAUUCCACAACCAAACCACACAUGAAGCCUCUCUUUCCUGAAGAGACACUGGUCAGUCCUGCUGGUCAUAUUCUGACUGGGCACAAGCACAUGGCUUCAAAAGAGAGCGCACCUGACCAGACCCUGUAAAGUUGGUACAGAAUUCCCCAGUCUAUAAUUUGAUGUCACAGCUCAUCAAUUUGCAUGUUAAAGCCAAAAUUUGUUUCCACUUACGUCAAAGAUCUGAGAAGUAAAGAGUGAGUUAACUUGAUUUGACCUGAAAGUCCCAUCACUGUCUUCAUGUUUCCUUUUUGUCCUUCAUCUUGUCAUGGCCUUUUGAGUUGGCAUUCAUCUGGUUUUGUGCUUUUUUCUUUGUCUAGACUGUCAGCCUGUCUGCUCCACUGGGUAAAUCUAGUCAACAGAUGCUGCCAUUAAAGAACGCAGGAAACAUUGACGUGCAGCUGAAACUCAAGGUAAUUCUGACCUUUACUUUUCUUAUUAGAUUUGGGAUUUGUGUAAGUCUCUGUGACAUUUUGAGCCCAGACUGUGCCACAUGCAGCAGGGAUUCAUGGACAUUUUGGAUUUGUUUUUCUUCUUUUCUUACUUUUUGAUCCCUUAAGUCUCUUGUUUGGUCUUUUUCUUUUAUUUUCAUUCUGAUACCCUCUCAGAUUUUCUUUGAUUUUUUUUUUCUGGUUACCCAUGUCUUGCCUCACUCACCCCAUUUUCAUUAUUAUCUCUCCCUCCUUCUUUUUUUUGUCCAUCUCUUAUAUCCCAUUCACCCUGCCUAUGUUUCCUUAGCUGUUGGGUUUAUAUUUUGUCACUUUUGUUCCCUCUCAUCGUCUCUUCUUUAUUUCUGAUAAUAGCGAAGUGAUGCUGAGGACAGUUUCUCUGUGACUCCUGAAGAGCUGCUGCUCAGAGUGGGAGAGGAGCAAGGUAUCAUGGUCACUUUCAAAGCACAGGGUGGCAGGAAAUACCAAGAAAGGUAUGCAAUCACUACUACGCAGGUUUUGAUCCUUAUAAACACCCACAAAUUCUUUCUCUGCUGUCCAUUAGCUAAAUUUUUAACAUGGCAGGGAUUUUGCUUAAGGAACUCUGAAGAUUUUUACGAUUUAAAAGCUGGUUACAAUGGGCUUCUGAAACAAACUUGCUAUUCUGAUGUCAUUUUUUUGUAUAACCUUUUGAGUGUAGGGCUUUGUUACAGAGCUUUUCAUGCUCACACCAUAUUUUAACAAAUCAAAAGAUUCAUGUUUUCAGUUUUUACAAACAAAUGGGUUUGUCUCAGAAGCUUACUCUGUUCAGAGGGACUGUACAAAAGUGCUUAUCUUUGUGGCUCGCCUAUUUUGACGUGUGUCAGUCAGGUUAAGAGUAACAUCUGAGGCAUAAUUAGGACAUGACUGUUGGACUGACAGGUGGGUCUGAUAUAGCUGUUUGCCAGAAGGCUUUCAGUCCACCCACACUCUUAACCAGUUUAAGUCAGGAUUUAUACUAUUGUGACUGCCAUCUUUGGGCUUCUUCAGACACCAAUAGCUGAUGUCAUUCAGACUGUGCCCAUGUUUUAUAUAGUUGAUGUAUAAUAUCAGUCAAAAAGAAUCCAAGUUUAAGGUCGCUUUUUUAUAAGUCCGGACUAUGGUCUGGAGCAGAGGGACGAAAUAAUACAUUGUUGCAAUUAAGUUUUGGUCCGGUCUGUGUUCAUACGGUCGUUUGUCAAAACGUUCCUUCUUUGUAAACAAAUCACAUGUGGUAUACAGGUCGUUCAGCUAUUGGUCAGAAAAUUUGCGAGGGAAAAUCACCUCCUAUAAUUUUUUUUUCCAUCAACAAUGGAGCAGCAGCAGCAGCAUUUAUCCUGUAGCCUUUAUCUCAUCUAGUUUUAAUGACAGGAUAAUCUUUUAUUGAGCUAUUUCGGUGCUCAUAUUUUAGUAUCUUUUACUGUUGUUUUUAUUUCAUUUUAUUUAUUAUUUCUUAAAUUUCAUUCUACAUUACUUUGUUUUAAGAUUUUAACCUAAACCUUCAGUGUUUCCUUAUCUUGAGUUUUAUAAUGACGUUUCCUCAGUGCGCACAUUCCUGUUUCCACGAAAUCAAGCCCUCUUUAAGUUUAUGCAUUUUAAUACUGUUCCUGUUGCAAUUAGAUCAUGGGGUGGGAAUGGGGGUUGGGCUGGAGUAGACAUGGGUAUUCUUUUAAUCUUGGGUUGGGGUAGAUUUGGGUAUUCUUUAUUUCUUUUAUUCCUUUUUUCGUGUAAAGCACUUUGUGCUACAUGGUUGUGUAUGAAAAGGGUUAUAUAAAUAAAGACUGAUUGAUUGAUUAAUGAAGUCUUUAAUAAACAAGGCUAGUGUGAAAGUGAUCUUAGUCCCUGAUUUUAGACAUCCAAGCAGAAAGAGCUUUUCAAAUGCUCUUGGCUUUACAGCUAACCAUGUCAGUCUACAACACAUAACCCUUGCUUUCUGACUACAAUAAGUCGCUUGGUAGUUAAUCAUAUUGAAAGCUACAUUUAAUGCAUUAUUCCACAAAAGUCGCACGAUCAUGUUUGAAGUAAAAGUUCAGAUAUGUUUGCAUAUUGCUAGGAAAACAUGUCGUUUGACUUUAUCUGUGGACUGAUAAUCUAAAUGAUGAACCUGGUUGUUUUUCUUUUUUGCAGUCUUCUCACCAUCUUGGUGCUGCCAUCAGGUCCUCAGUAUGAAGUAACCUUGAAAGGAGAAGUCAUCCCAGAGGACUCUGGGAAGUCUGCCAUCCCCUCCACUGCUGUCCUAGGUCCCGGUGUGACCACUGAUGUCCCACCAAUCCUUUCAAAUAAACAAUUUGUAGCCUGGGGAGGGGUCACUCUGGGACGAGCUGUGUAAGCAACUUUUCACUUUUUCAUUAAUUUCUCCACUACCAAAAACACACUGAAACACCGGGUAUCAAUUAUUCAUUGAAACAUAAUCAAUAAGAAAUUCAAGACCCAGUGGUCCACCUUAUUCUAUUAAGGCUUGUAUAAUGUUAUUCAUGAAGAGGGACGGAGGGCGUCUACAGGGAGUGCUAUUUCUCAGAAGCCAUUUCAACAUAAUACACAAUUUAUUUACUGUUGUUGAAGGUAAAACAGACGCAGCUGUAAGGAAGCUGAAUCCUCACGAGAGGCUUGUUUUCUUUAAAGGGUCUAGACUGGACUUGGCUCAUGCUCAAAUAUUAAGAUAAUGACGAUCAACUCCCAAAAAAAACCCUCCUCUAAUGUCUUAACAUUAGUACUGAAGGAUCUUUGAUAUCAAAACAUAACCAGCUGCUGCUGCUGUUUUUUGUGUUUUUUUUUUCAGCCAACAGAAGCUGGUUCUAAGAAACAACUCCACAAACGUCACGCAGCAGCUUCGGCUGCUGAUACGUGGUCAGGACCAGGACUGUUUUCAGGUAGAUUCUAGCAGUUUCUACAGUGACACAACACACUGACAGAGUCAGUGUGUUGUUAUUUUUCUCUAUAUAGCGUUGACUGUAAUUCUUGGUGUCCAAAGGGGAUUUUAUUGAAAAGGGACAUAUGAGGUUUUUUGUUUUUUUUUCAUUGUAAUUACAUCUGAUAUUCUUGCUCUCAGUUAGUUAGUUUGGUUGGUCAAAGGUGUUUUUUCCCGUUGAUCAGUUCUAACCCACAGAGCAUGAAGUCAGUGAAGAUAUGAGAAUUUAUCCGACUCUGCACUGAAAGAUUUUCACAACUGCUUUUAUCUUUGACACUCUGUCCUGUUCCAUGUAUUGAAAUUCUGUAUAUGUCAGACAGUCUGUAGUGUCUCAUACUUAGAAAAAGAUUCUGGAAAAACAUCAGUACUUGGAAAAGCUUAAGCAGUAUUAGCACUGUUCAAAUGUGGAGGAUUAAGUCCUGUUCCCCCUCAGCUUCAGAGUAUGUUCAGUCCUGAGGAGCGUCUGACUCGACAUGGGGAGCUGUCCAUUCGUCCAAGAGAGGACGUGACGGUUCACCUGCUCUUUGCACCAACCCGAGUUGCCAGCAUGUUGGCCAAGCUGGAAAUCAAGCAGUCUGGAGUGCGGCCUUCACAGCCUGGGGUUAAAUUCACUGUAAGAAUGUUACCAUUUCUUUCUCUUGGUCAUCACUCUCAUCCCUUAGGUCCUAAUUCCCUCAUCUAUAAUUUCCUGGUUGGAUUGAUUGUCAUUAUUCCAUUGAGCUGCAGUUGAAGUCUGUCACUCUGUUUUUCACAUCUUCAGAUUCCACUGUCAGGCUAUGGUGGGACCAGCAACAUCAUCCUGGAGGACCAGCGGAAACAAGCUGAUGGAUAUGUAGCAACACUAACUGAUAUUGCUGUUGGUCAUGUCAGCAAAGUGUGUCUCUGCAUCAGGAACACGGGCUCCAGAGCAGCGUUCAUCAAAGCUGUGGCCUUCUCUGACCUGCAGACCCGAACGGUCAUGGAGCCUUCUAUCAUCAGUGUGGCCCCCUCACAGUUUGUGUUAAAGGAAAGGACGCAAGAGGUAGGAAAGUGCACUCUAGAGGUGGUCAGAAGAUAUCUUGUAUUUCUGCUUGGACAAAAACAUGAUAGACUUGUGUUUUUAUAGCCUGGCUGUGCCAUCCUGUUGCGUGAAUCACUUGAUGUUCCUUCCCACCACAGUCUGGACUUCGGCCCAUAGAGAGCGUGUAUUCCCGAUCAGAAAAUAACCGGGCCAAUCAGAGACCGUGUUUCCACUGUUACCCGGACAACAGGGAAAAGCAGCCCCUGAUUGGUCCAUGUGUAGUGGUGACGUCUAACACUUGCUGCGGGACUUUUCAAAGCGCUGUUCAUUCAGAACGCCGUUAAUUCUGCAGUUGACUCUGCAAAGCCGGCAGAAAUCGUUUAUAUCCGACGUCUUCUGCGUAUAUAAACGAUUUCUGCCGACUUUCUGCAUCACAUUUUUCCUUCUGCAAUCUCAGACUGAAGGUCAAAUUUUCCAGACUUUGAAUGUUUUUUACUAUACCUGCCCACUGACUGAUCAUGGGUGGAUCCCUACAGAGCCAUUGCCAUUGUGAUGGCCUUUUUGUGUGUUGCUAUAAAUAUACUGGGGAGGUAUCUGCCUUUUUUUUUUUUUGGAGUUUUGGAUCUAUGUUUCCUAAGUAGAAAGACAAACAGGAAAAUUCAAAAUGGAAUUGGCGGCAGUCUUAAAAAUUAAAUAGAUAAAACAUUGGUGUUUAUCACUAUGAAAUUUCAAUAUAUACUGAAAUAUCGACCUCUCAACUCCCCAUGUGUGUGUCUGUGUGUGUGUUUUCAGGUUAUCACUGUGCUAAUGAAGUCCACCCAGAGAGAAACCAGCCUUUGUCAGUCGGACUCUGCACUUCUGGCUUCCAUCUGUUUGUUUUGUGGAGAUGAGAUCUCCAGGCAGCAGUACAGGAGGUGAGACCUUCAGACAUAGUCCACUUUUGUUGUUGUUUGCCAUCAUGGCAAUGAAAGGAACGGAUGUUUAGAAUGAUCAGCUUGUGAAUGAUUGUUAAAAGAAUAUGCCCAUUUUCCCAGAAAGCUCUGAUUCAGUCAAGGUCUGUCUGAAAGAAGGACCGACUCUCUCUGCAUUGAAUGGUUUGAAGCAGUGUUACUGACAUCAACAUAAAGAUCCUCAUACAGGCUUUACAAAUGCAAACGAUGGUUCUUAAUGAUACUGCAGAGGAAGUGAAACUGGUGGUGUUUACCAGACAAGCAAUCCACUUCUUCUGUUUGAUAAGAUCCAAAAAGCACAAUGCCUCUUUCUAACUUUAUUAUAAACAAGGCAGCAUCAAUGUGAUGCUGAUGGCAACCGAUGAUUUGUAUUCUGGACCAAUUUCAGAUAAACAGACAUUGUUUCUAAGUGCUGAGUGAGUUUAAAGAUUCAAUUCUAGAUGGCUCCGCUUUUUCUUGAAAGCUCAUAAUUUUAUUCCUUUGCCCUACUGUGAGUUUGUGUUUGGUUCUUUCAGAUUACUUCAGAGUAAACCAGAGGCCAUGCGAAAGGCUCUGUCCGAGAACAGUCUGCUCAGAAACAUCAACUUUAAUGAGAGGUUCCUGGGAGAGGAAAACAUUGAUGAGGGUAAGAUGCUUUUGUUUGUACUUUAAAGAUAAAAGAUUUAGUUUACAUGUCAAAAUAGUGUUGUCUCUGACUAACCUUUUUGUUUAAUAACUUUUUUCGACCUUUGUAGCCUAUGACCUGCCACAAAGACCCAAUGAAGCUCACAUCUUUUAUGGAAACAUGAGCAAGCUAAUGGUGUCACUGCUGGGAAGCACAAAGAACACAGACUGUGAGCAGAGUGACUCCACGGAGCAGCUGCUGCCCUCCUCGAGACACAGUUCAGACACAGACAGGUAGGCUUUGAAAUGUUUCAUAAAGCUAAAACAACCCAGAUCCUGAUUCAGAGUCCAGCAUAACUAUGAUACCAAUGAUAGUAACUUUAUGGAUAAAGCACUUUUAAAAACAGAGGUUUAAAAAGUGCUUUGACAGACAAAGCAGAGUAAAAAAAAACAAUGUGACAGCAGAGGAGAAACAAAUCACAAGUCAUAGAGAGAGCAGUAAAGAUUCUGAGAAGAGGGGAAAAAAAGAGACAAACGAAAAUGAAAAGAGAAAAAUGUCAACAACAUCACAUCAGAAUAAAAACUCAUUAGAAGAUGAGGGGCUGUGAGGUACAAAUAAACCAAGAAAAUAAAUAAAUGAAUAAAUGAAGUACAUGUGAUCAAGGACAGUAUAGGGGAUCAAAUAAAGAUGUAUUUAAAUAAAACAAAGUCAAUAAGUUAAAGUUGAAAAGUAUCUAAAAGGUCACAGAAAAGCAAGUCUGUAGAAGUGAGUUUUCAGAAGUGAUUUCAAAGAUGUCACUGAUUCUGCACGCCUUAUCUCCUCAGGGAGGUCGUUCCAGAGUCUAAAAAGCUCGAACUCCUUUAGAUUUGAGCCUUGACUUUGGAACAACCAGCAGGGUGUCACCUAAAGUUCUCAGACUGCAGGACGACUCGCAUAUGGCGUCAGCAUUUCAAUAAUAUAACUUGGGGUAAGACCCAGAUGAGCUUUAAAAGUGAUCUGUAAAAUCUAAAAGCCAGUUCUAAAAUGCGCAGGGAGCCAGUGGUUAAAACUGGUGUUGGUUAAAACCAGUAAGAAGCCGAGUUGCUGUGUUCUGGACAAUCUGGAGGCCAGAGAGAGAGAUUUGUGAUAGCAGAGAGGAGGGAGUUACAGCAGUCUAACUGAGAGAAGAUGAGAGCAUGAAAGACUUUUUCCAGGUCUGUUCAGGACAGAAUUGAUUUAAUCUUGGAGAUGGAUCUUAGCUGAGUAAAACUAGACUGGAUGAUUGAUUGAAGGUUGAUUUUGAGUCAUAAAUCCCGCUUCAAUCAUUGUGAUUUUGAAGUUUUUAGCCAAAAUCACGUUACCUGUGUCAAUUUCAAGGGCUUUUCACGCUAGCUUGCAGCCUAACAUUGCCGGUGCAGCAGAAGUGGCAGGAGGAAACACAGCAGCUAUUCAGCUCUCAGACACUAAUGUUUUUAGGGACAUGAUGAAAGGUAAUAUCAUAAGUAGCUUUCUUAUGAGCAUAGCAAUCCGUUACCACGCACGCUUGUGAUUGUCCUCUCUACUUCUCAAAGUGUGGCCUGCGUAGUGGGGCUUUGGGGGCAGAGCUUGGUGUUGUGACAUAGGAAAUCUCACCGUUUCUGCACCUGCUGUUUGGGUCUGUGAGAGAUUCACAGCGAUUUAAAUGCAGAAAUACUCAGAAAUGCAAUUUCACACUUACUUUUCUCAUGAUAUGUCCUGAUCCUCGCAGCAUCAGAAAAAUGCCAUAUGAACAUGUAGACAACAAAAAAAAAACAUGAUUUUCAUCAGAGUGGGUCUUUGAAAACAAAAACUGUAACACAUAAAUGAAUGAAGUCAUUAGUAGUGUGUGUCCUAUUGAAAUCCAUCUGUUAUCCAGAAAUCUCAGGACUGGAAGUUUCUGUCUACAUUUCACUUUAGACUGCCUGGUCUUCGCUUUGUCAACAGCAGUACUGUCACACUCCACUGUCAAGAACUAUUUAUAGUUUAUAGAAUAUAGAAUAGAAUAGAAUAUUCCUUUAUUGAUCCCCCAUGGGGGAAAUUUUUUUGUCACAGCAGCAUCACAGACAAGACAAAGAGUGCAAAAUGCAGUUAUAAAAAUAAGGAUCCUAAUAUUAAGAACUUAAAUAAAUGUAAUAAUUAAGAAAAAAAUUAGAAAAGGGAGAAGAAAAAAUAAAGCUUUCUACAAUAUACACAAUUUAAAUGCCAGAAAAAAAGUGGUGGUGUAAAUCCAGUUUUGUUACUGUUCAUUGUAAAGUCUUAUUGCAGAGGGGAGGAAAGAUCUGCGGUAGCGCUCCGUCCUGCAGAGAGAACUGUUCUGUAAAUGUCUUUAAAGCUCCUGUUUGCAACUCUCUGUUUGUGCUGACCUCUUGUUGCUAAUUUCUUCCUCUGCACGCGCAGUGAGUGUUUUCUGAGAAAAACAUUGUCAUACAGUCUUUUAAAAGUUAAAUUUACAGUAAGUGUUUGCAGUAGGAAAUAAAAAAAAUGACUGUUCCUUAAGUGUCCUGUAUAUCAUCUCAUCCGACAUCCAACCUUCACAGCAGACUAAAAUACAAAAAGUUUUAGUCUUAUUGCCGAUGGUCAUUUGCUUUUGUCAGUCAAAGUUAAGCAUCACUGUCAGGACUGAAACUUUUUGUAUUUUAGUCUGCUGUGAAGGUUGGAUGUCAGAUGAGAUGAUUUUACAGUGAGUCAAAAAACUCCUCACAGAGGCUUUAAGGGAACAUCAUGUGAUAAUCUCUGUGUCCCUUUCCUAACUUGUGCUUUGGGUAUUUGAACAUCACACUAAAGCUAAGUGUUUUAUCAUUUUCAGCGCUCUGCCAAAUAGCAACGUAUCCCUGGAUGUGCUGCCAGUGAAAGGUCCCCAGGGUCCAGCACUGAGAGUGACAGAGUCCCCCCUACAGGUCCCUUAAACUCUUCUUAAUUAAAUGAAGCUGUUUUCCCUUGUAACUUGAUAAAGUUAAAAAGUUUCGAUGAAUCUGAAGGAAAAGGGUUUAAUCCUCAGAGCAUGAUGUUUUUUCUCCCAUCAGGCCUCAGAGUCCUGGUCCAUACAUCCAGAACAACUUGUCCUUGCUGCUCCCACCAUCAGUGAGUACCGUCAAGUCUUAGAAAUAUCAAUAAAAAUGUCUUCGUCAAAGCUUGGGAUCUUUAAAAAGUUCAAUAUUAAGACAGUGACGGGAUCUCUUCUCAAGCAAAAGUGAAACACUCUAUCAUUGCGAGAAAUCAUCAAUAAUUGCAUUUGUUGAUGAGCUUUGUUGUUUUUAAUUUUUUUUAGGUAGUGCGGCACCAACCAGUCAGGUUCAGAUCCGGAAUAAUACAUCCAGAGAACUGAACUUUGAUUUGUCCUGGCCGGCUCACUGCCUCACCAUCACUCCGCAGCAUGGCACCAUCGAGCCUCAGUAAGAGUUCUUAGGCUUGUUUCAUGUAACGAGUCGAGAGUCCAGAUCAUCCAUAUUAUCCCCAAGGGAAUUUUUUUGUACAGCCAGCAGCAAAGACAAUAAAAAAAACACAACCAUUCCAUCCAAAACAGUCCAAACAUCAGACGAUGAUUCAUUUAAGACAGUGGAAAACAGUGAAAAAUGAGUUUUUUAAAUCUGUUAGUCCUGCAUUUUGGUCUCUGGGACCAGGAAGGAUUGACUCACAUCCUUAUUUUGUAAAUCUGAGAUAGCUUAGAUGUUGAUGCUCCACUCACCGUUUUAAGCCCCUAUAGUCUGUUUUUGUCUGUGAGGUUAAGUAAACCAUUCCAGCUCUUAAAGGUAAAAGUUUGAUUGUGUCGAAAUGAAGCUUUGAGGCUUAGACUGAGACCUUCUGAUUCAUGCUGGUUGCUCCUCCGUUGAAAUGCCUCAUAGGAUUAGACUAUUUAGAUUAAAUACUGGUACAAUAUUAAUAACAAUAACACAGCAACAAUGGUUCCUCAGACGCUAUCACUUCUCCAGUAAUCAAAGACAAAAUCAACCAGGUUCUUUGACAGCGUGAAAUGUAAACGAACUCAAAUCUCUGUUAUCAUUCAUUACCCAAAGAUGUGUUAAUAAUAAUGAUAAUAAUAAAGUAUUCAAGUGUUGACAGCUGUAGAAGAACUUGCAAAAGACCUGAAAGUUGACUCUGAUUUCUUGAUUGCACAAUUCAGAUCUACUUUCUACAAUUGCAGUGUCUUCUCUAAAAAUGAACUCCUUUACAAAUAUGCAAACACGUGUGCUGCUAAGUUAACACAGUACCUGUCUGUACAAAGGUUCUUUUGACCGAUCUAAAAGCCUGAAGAAAGCAGCUGAUGUUUUUUUUCACUAAUUUUCUUUCCUGAGCUUCAGCCUCUUGAAGAGCCGAUAAAGUUGAUUUAUCACCAUGCUGUGAUUUAAAUUUGUUUGCACCCACCAAACUUCAUGUAAACGUGAAAAGAAUCAACUCUCAUCUAUUUGAUCAUAUAUGUUUUUUUAGAUGCCACCUUCAGAUAUUGAUCAGUCCCAACCCUUCAUUAGCAACUAAAUCUGCUCUGCUGCCAUGGAGUGGACAAAUCUAUGUUCAGUGUGACGGUCAACAAAAGGUAUUUUAACCCUUUCAGUCUGUAAGACAAGACUAUCUUCAAUGUUGUUUUGUAUUCUGAGAACUUGACAAGAGCUCAUUUUGCGAUGCAACCUUUGGUUCAGUUUAUCAAGGUCCAGAUUCGGCGUGACCUGGCUCUGGAUGUGUCUGCAGCACCAGCAGAAACAUCUCUGUCAGCUCUGCCUCCUCAGUUCGCCACUCCAGUGCUGCCAGUAAGCAGAAUCCCCACCAACCCCUUACUGCCCUCACAGAUACCUCAGACACCCCAGGCCCUGGUGGAGGUCAGCAACAAGACCAUCAUCUUCCCCGCCACUCCCUCAGGGGAAACAUCAGGUAUGACCGAAGGACACAAGUUUCGUGUCUCUCUCCUUAUUUUGUGUGUAUAUGAUACACUCAGAGCAGCGCUGAGUGACCUGAAAAAGUUCAAAUGAAAAAAUGUUCUUCACCUCUGAAGCUCUGGGUUUUCUUGAGUUAGAGUUUGCAGGCAGCUGCAUGUUUUCUCUUGAGAGAUCCAACUCUCUGUCGCUCCUCUUCUUCAGAGGCCCAGCUGGAGGUGCAGAAUGGAAGAGUGGAAGUGCGCUGGUACCUCUCAUCAUUUGCUCCCCCAUAUGUCAAGGUGCUUUUUACUUCAUUCUCUUCUUUUUUUUCCUGACAUCUCUUUCAUUCUUGUUUACAGUUUUUUUGUUGUUUCUCCUUCAGUUGUCCCUCCUCAGGGAACACAUGCUUGUAUUUGUUUAGUUGUAUAUUUCAUAAUGACUUUGUGAUGCAGAGUGAGGAAGGCUUUGUUGUUUUUCCUGGCCUUGCAACUCUUGUCUGAUAAGUUUCUUUUAAUAGUUUACACUCCUGAUAUUGUUGACUGACUCUCCUAAUUUUGCUCUAAUUUGGUGUUUUCUUCUCUCCUCAGGGUGUUGACAACUCUGAAGAUGUUUACCGUGCCACCUACACUGCUUUCAGAUGCUCCAGAGUCUCUGGCAUUCUGGGGGCCCAUGAGAAGAUGAAGGUAGUCACCUUUAUCCGUGUGUAAACUGGUCAACAUUUCAACCUUGAAUUGAUUGAGCUCUUUUGGAAACAGUCUUGGGUAGGGUUGUCAACAAAGAUUGUAUAUUUAAACUUCAGUUAGAUUACUUUUGGAAACAAACAUUCAACUAUGAGAAGAAAAGACCUUCAUGUGGUUGUCCAUCAUGUGGAGGGCUUGGUCACAGCAUUGUUUCAUGACAGUGACUUCACAGUGUAACUGGGCUGCAAAGAGAGUGAGUCAAGUUUAUGUGAGCUGGCAUAUCUGUUUUUUUAAUUUUGGACAUCUCACAUGCUUUUGUUAGGUAGAUUAAGAUAUCAUCAGCCAAAAUGACAGGCAGGAAAUUGGAAAAUAAAUAAUUAUCAUUAUGGUCCAAAUAGAAGACCUUUGUUACCUUGACUUACACGUGAGAAAAGUGGUAUUGUCUCAUCUUAGAAGUCCACACUCCUCCAUGCCAGCAUGGUAACGACAGGUAGUGAAGUGCAAUUUACAACGCAUCUUUGUCUUGUUUCCAUAAAUGAGAAGAGACUGACCUAGAUAGUCAAAUAGUGACUGGCUCUCUGGCUGAAAGGGAAGAAGAUUAAUGGUCAACCAGAGUGUAAUAUGCAAAAAGUCAAUCACAGCAUGCAGCACUGAUGGGCAUUACAAUUGACCUUAAACAGAUUAGAAUGAAGCCAUCAGAAACAAGCACCACCGCAUUGUUGUUCAGGAUGGUUCUGUUCUGUUUGUUCUCUUUUUAAGAUGAAAGUGAAUUGCAGACUUUCAGGUUGACAUAAGCAUCAUAAUAAAUUGCGUGCACAGCGAAAUCAUAACUCAUGAGGUUAACCCAACCUGAUAGUUUUCUGCCUCCUCGCCACAUACAAAUAAAAUCCAUCCAUCCGUCUUCUACCGGUUACCUGGAGUCAGGUCAUGGGGGCAGCGGCCUAACCAGAGAAGCCCAGACUUACUUCUCCCCGGCCACUUCGUCCAGCUCUUCCUGUCCAGCUUCUUCCCCUCUCUCUAAGGGCACAUCACACCACCCUCGUUUGAACUGAACCCUGGAGCGUUUACCCCCUUGGUGCGGUUCGUUGGGUCGAUGUGAAUGCUGACCUCGAACUCUGGUGAGGACCAAAUAAACGAACUCUGGUCUGCCUGAAGAGGUGGUCUUGGACUACUAUCAAGUGAACUCUGGAGCGGUUCAUUUCUGGUGUGAACGUCAUCCACACCAAUCUCAGGAAACGCUCUCACAGAAAGGCUCUCAUUAAUGCCUUUCGCUGUCUCGCCUUUAUCUGUCUGUUGUUUGCAGCACGUCUACUCCUGAAUGUAUUAAUUAAUGCCGCAGUUUGCGCUCGCUGGCUAACGAUCUGUUCAUACGCGCAAUUGACUAGUGUCUUUUGAUACGCGCUCCAGAUGAGUAGCAAAAGCAAAAUCAGCCUACGAUGAAGGCAGCAGAGCGGGGUUUGUAUUCCUGCAUAAACUAAUGACCAAUAACCGAACGAUAUUCGCGGUCACUUGACUUCCAGUUCCGUUUUCUGGAGCGAUUGAGUUUGUCCGUUGUGAACGCAAACUGGACCAGUUAAACAAUCAAAACAAAUGUAUCGUCUUGCCUUGGAUUUGAAUCAGGAAUCAGGUGUGAAUACGACCUAAGAGAGUCCUGUGAAGAAAAACUAAUUUCAGCUGCUUGAACUUGUUCUUUUGGUCAUUACCUACAUGCUCGUGAUCAUGGACGAGGGUAGAAACGAUUUAAGAUUGACCGGUAUAUUAAGAGCUUUGCCUUUCGGCUCCGCUCCUACUUUACCACAACAGAUCUGUGCAGUGUUCUCAUCACUGCUGAUACCGACCCAAUCCACCUGUUGAUCUCCUGCUCCAUUCUUCCCUCACUUGUAAACCAGACCCUCUAAGAUGAGAAGAUGUCUCUCUAUUAGAAGCAUUGAUACACUUAAAUAUUGUUUGUUUUCAUCAUCAUUGUCUUGUCCUUCCAGGUGCCCAUUACUUUCCUUCCCAGAGACAGAGGGGACUACGCCCAGUUCUGGGACUUGGAGUGCCACCCUGUGUCUGAGCCACAGCUGAAGACCAGAAUCCGCUUCCAGCUCUGUGGCACAGUGAGAUCCAUUUAAUGGUUUAUAGAGCAUUUAACUUAAGAAGGAUGAGUUAUAGUGGAGUUCAGCAUUUUAGGCUUUGAUUUGCACCCAUUCCAACUCAUGUUCGAAGCACAUCUUUGAGAAUGACUUUACAUGAGGCCUCUUAUUUUUGAAAUGCACAUCAAAGUUAGAUUUGGCAAGUUACUGAUUCUGCAGAGUGCCUGAAGGCAAAGCUUUCGGUGUGUAAAUGUUCAUGAGAGUGGAGUGGGUGGUCAGAAUACCACAAGUGGUGCUUAGAAGUCGUCUCUGUUUUCCAGGUCCUCUAUAGAAUGACUGAAUGUGAUCUUUAUUUCUCUUCUUUUUUCUUAGUUUCAUACAUUUCAUUUAGCAUCAAAGCAUGAAAGUAUCCACUCCACCUGUGUUAUUGGACAUGUUUAGAUGACAGUGAUCUGCAUUCACUCACUUGUUUUGAUCUCAAACCACAGAGCGAAUACAUCACCAUUACUAAAUGGGAAAUGUCUCACUGUCAAAUAAAACAGGGUAAUCAUCUUCAUCAGUUAGAUAAAAGCAGCACGUAAAGCAGAACGUGGACCAUGGCUUCUUUGUUCUGUCAGUGACAGAAUUAACAAAUGAGAUGAGUGAGGAGGAGGAGAGAGGUCCUGCUGAGAUGGGCCCACAGGCUUCAUCUGAGCCGUUUUAAUGGAGGGAUUUUGAAUGACUCGCUUAACUUUAGAGCAAGCACACAUAGCAAGAGAGACAUCAGAUGGACGGCUUCACAUAAGUAGCUUUAAAUGUUUGAGUUUGUUGUUGCCUUUUUCCUUGAUGUGUGUUUGACAAGACUUCAAACGUUCCUUUUCAAAGUUUCGAUUGACGUGUUUGAUGAUCAGCUCGUUUCAUUUUCAGUUUUCUUUGUAUUUAGCUGAUGACAGUUCACACUGUUGGUCAGAUAGAGCGAAGCUAGUUAUUGUUUGAUGAUGUUGAGGUCAUAAAGAGAAGGGAGAAAUGUAGUCUUUCCUCAGCUUAAUAGCCAAACAGCUCAAAUUUGCUUAUGCAUCUUCAGGGGACAAGGUUUGGACCAGUGGCGGAACCUCAAGAGGGAGAUUGCUCUUUAGUGAAGACUGAAGCCACAGUCAAGACCAGGAGGAGAGCUGAUGCCUCAUCAGGAAAGACUACGUGAGUCCUGCUGUGUUCAAACAAAAUGAAUAAUAUUUAAUGAUCUAUCACUUGAUGAAAUGUUUCAUCUUUUGAAUCAAAUCAUUUUAGUUUUGUUGCUCUGAUGCUUCAGCAAUCUGAGGUACGUUAUUAAACCCUCUUCCUUCCAUGUACCUGUUGUGUGGGGCAUAAAAAGACCUGUUAGUUUAAAUCAUAAUACAUGAAGGGAAAAAACACAUUUAAUAGAAUUUAUUGUAGUUAGGUAGCUUCAGUUUUCAGGUUCAUCUUUGGAGACUUAAAGGGAUAUCCUGGCGUAAAAUUAAGUAAUGGUCAAACACACCAUAACACCAAGUUAGACACCCCUUCGGGGGUUGAAUGUUGCCGACUGCUUGCCUCUCUAGUCAUGCCAACUUUUAGUAACGACCACUUGAUAACAAUACACAGCGGUGUACGUCUCUACACGCAAACCUCAACCGAAACGCCACUCUAUAGCCAAUUCUAAGAACAGCAGUUAACUUCAUCAACAGUACAUAGAGGGUCCCAGCCAUAGCACUAGCCACCAAACAUCUUUUUAGCUUCGCCUGAUUUCUUUAGCAAAGAGCAGCCGCUUAUUUUUGUGGGAAGCCCUGACCAGUCGAUCACCGGGUGCAGUGGAGUUUCACAGCUCAAGGAAGAACAUUUUAUGAUUAUUACUUCAUGGAAAUGCAAUCAGACCAAGACACUAAGGCAGAAGAACUACUGCAUCUGCAGUGCAAAAUGAUUAGUAUGAUGAUUAUUACUUCAUGGAAAUGAUCCGCUGCACUCUGCGAUCGACUCGUCAGGGCUCCCCUUCAAACACUGUUUAACUUACUGGUAAUCUUUGUGCUUCACAGCCAGGAGGAGUCUGUACGAAGAGGUGUAUAUUCUCCACAGGAUCUCUACACUUAUCCAGCCACACGGGUCAGUGAAUCCAGCACUCUGAAGGUCAACAUCCGCAACAACUCCUCUAAUACACAUGAGGUGAGGCAUGCCUGAUAAUGAUGAAGCUCUCCUACUACAGUAGAAAGUGAACUACAGUGUCAAAGUUAAAUCCAGACACAUGAACAGAUCAUUUUGACCAGUGUUUCCAAUGGAGUCUUUGUAAUUGUCUGUCAAAUUCAGACCAUUCAUCCUAAAGUGAUUUAAAAGAUAAAGCAAAGAUAGGGAUGGGACACUCGGGUAGCCUGAAAUCUUCUUUAAAAUGCUCUCACAGAUACCACCUCCUCCCCUGAAUGAUUAACACGGGCAGAUUUCCAAGAGAUGCCCUGAUGCACAGAACAUGAGAAGAUUUUGAUACAAGCAUAUAUAUACCUGUAGACCAGCCGUGGGAGAAUGGAGGCUGAUUUGUUUUCUGAUUGUAGAUUCUGGAGGGUUCUUUCAUUGGAAAAAAUGUAAGAAUUUCAGAUAGAUAAAUUAUGCUGUAUAUGAGGUAUCUAGAUUUGUGAAGAUCCACCUAAGAGAGGGUUUCUAUUAAGGAUCUGUGGAAAACCUCCUCAUGCUUUAUCCCUUGUUCACCGUUUCUCCUGCUGUCUUGAUUAUGGCUCAGUGAAAGUCUUAAUGCUCUGCAGAGAAACAAAGAGAGGGGGAGGUGUACUCUGAUCCGUUUGCCUCGCCAUAAAGAUGGAUGUGAUACCUCUCCUUUUCAGAAUAAGCUCAUCCUUUUGUUUUGUAGUGUUUACAUAUUCUGAAUGCUCACUCUGCUUCAGUCUUUAUGUAGGAAACAUAUCCAUGCACUUGUGCUCCUAAUGAAGUGGUGGGCAGAGACACAGUGACUCUGCAGAACUGUAGUUUGGUGAAUAUGAAGAAUGGCCAACAUGUAGAUAUCUGACAGAGAUUAGGAGUUGCUUUAAAAACACAGCACAUCCCUAUUGACUGUAUUUCAGCAUUGCUGAGAGAAGGCUGCAUGCUUAUUGGAUUUCUUUGUAUUGAAUGAUAAAUGUUAUAACCCCUAACACAUGUCACUGUGCUCUGCAUGGAUUGAAUAGUUGAUGUGUGGCUUCUCUAAUUGACUUGCAGCUGAGAUUUGUAAACCCUAGAGAGCCCUUCCACAUCAAGCAUUCCAAAUAUUCCCUGAGGUAAGUCCCCCUGACAGAUGCUCUGCUUUUAUAUUUUGAGUUACUGCCUGAUGUUUUUUUUUUUUUUUUUUAAGUUUUAAAAUAUGUGACAGUAUGUUUCUGAGUUUAACUCUGAAUCUGUAUGAUGCCUUUUUUUCAAUUGUGAAUGCUCACCAUGAAACGUUCUGUGACAUGUUUGGACCCAGAGGAUGAUGGUAUUUAAUCAGGUACAAGUGAGUCUGAGAGAGGAGUUCUGUUUGUCUGAACACAGGUAUCAGCCAGGCUGUGCUUGGUAACACUUCAUCUCAAUGGUUCUUGUGAUAAGUAUUUAUAGAAGAGCCACAAAAAUAAAAUGUCUAUGAGCAUUUUUGAAGGUCUUUUAUAUUAGUAAGUGUUGAUGAAAGUGUAGUUUCAGCAUAGUUUAUUGCUCUCAUUAGAAACUUGUCAACAUGUUCUAUACUUUCAUGAACAUCGUUAGGAGGUUUUAUCAUGUUAAUCAGACGUUAUAGUAGUCAGCGUUUAAUGAACAUAGUUAUUAUUGGUUAGUAACACUCUCAUAGGGAACUAAUGACCAUUUACAGUUUAAAAUGAAAUAAGAUGUUUACUAACUUUAAAGCUUCUGUGAGGAACUUUUACUUUGUGUUAAUCAAGACACCCCCCCCUGUGGCCAAAGCAGUCUUUGCUUGUCUUCUCCCCUACUUACUAUAGUUGUGGUGUCUUCUUACACAAACCUCAUUCUGCUGACCACUGACUGUCAGAAAUGUGCUGUUAGUAUUUUAUGUGCAAAUUGUAAAGACGGUGCUGUUUCUUCAGCGUCUCAGCUGACACCUACCCUCUCAAAUUGGUUCAAGGCAUCAAGAUAAUAGACCAAAAUUCAUGACCAUUAGUGACAUGAUGGACAACUUUGAAACUAUUUCAGAAACAAACAAACAAACAAACAAACCCCCCUCAGUGGAGCUUUAAUAUAACUUAAUAUAACUGAAUUAGCCUGAUAUUAUUAGUAGUCAAUAAGUACGUAAUAAAGGAUGUAUUACUUUGAUUUAAUGCUCAUCACAAGGACCUGAUGAUAAAGUGUUAGUUUGUGCUCUGGUGAUGUGGGUGUGUUUUCAGCAUGGCUACCGCAAGGAAACAGUGAAGAAUAAUUGAAAUAGAUAAAUUGAUAAUAGAUCAAAUGAACAGACUUCCACAUCACUGAAAGCAUCAUCAUCUUCACACACUUGUGUGUGCGCCUGAUAAUGCUUUAUACUCUGGACCUGAUACAGCCCUGCAGUUUGUUUGGUGUUAAUCGUGAUGUGUGUGGAUUUUUGGUAGGCUUAUGGUGAUGCAAGUGCUUAUCAAUGGCUCUUGUUUUCACAUACAUUUCAGAUAUCUUUUUUUCCUGAUACUGAGUUUGAACCAAAAUAUGCAAAUGAAUUCAUCAGGAAAUAAACAGCUCUAUACCAGUCAGCUCAAAUUACCACCGAGUUGGGGUGGUGUGUAUAUUGGUUUAGAUGGUCUAAUAAUGAUGUAUACCCGAAGGUAAUUGAAAAUAAUGAAAAGACUUCGUUUCAGACGUUGAAACUGAAAAAUGAAUUGUGUCGUGAAAACUAUACAUGCAUUUUAAAUUGAAUGCGAGCAACUGCCAACUUCUCUUGGCCUGAGCUCGUUUAAGAUGAAAAACUAUCCUUUGACAUUCCUCUUGGAAAUCGUGGAUGCUGUCUGCUGUAAAGAGAGGACUAUCCAGCUGUUUACUGGCACUCAGUUUAAAAUCCAGUCUCCCUGACGAUAUGGCCUCAUGGCAUGGGCAGCUGACACAUUUGAGAAAAGGACCAUUAAUGCUGAAUAAUACACUCACAUUUAGAGUGCUGCCAUUCCAGACUGUGACUUUUUCAGAGACUUACAACAUUUCAUUUCACUUUCCAAACUUAGAAACUACUCUUCCAGGUUACCAAACAUUUACAUUGUUUGAAGGUAAAUCAGCCCCUGCACCAACUUUCUUUCAUGCGUCUCUGGCAUUAGAAUCAAAACAAGCAUAUAUGUUUCGUAGAAUUAAAAAUAUAUAUUUAUAUCAUUUAGUGUGUUGUCUUUGCUCUAUUUUCAAUGACAGGUUGGUUGUAAAUAAUUUGCAAACCUGCUUUUUUUUUCACAGUGUUGCAUUACAAUUGACACUUUUAUGAUUUAGCAGGUGUAAAUCUUCAAAAUUACCAAUAAUGAUCAUGCUCAUGCCAAAGAUAGGUGAUAUAUUUUAUUUUAAUAUUCAGUCCUAUAAACAUUUAUCAGGGAAUUAAAAAGGUUUCUUCAGUUUAAAUCCACAGAAAAACAAACCCGUCUUAGAUUUGUCUCCUGUUAAAAACCUUAUAAAAUAUUGAAUUAAAGAAUCAUAGGACAGCACCCCUGAGAUGUGCUGUGUCCAAUACAGUCACAGAAACAUAUUUUUAGGUGCUUUAUUUGGUGUUUCUCGGUUUUUAGUUACAUGUCUGUUAACUCUCAUCUUCAGACCAGUUAUGUGACGUCAUGUCUUUUGUGCCCUGUUAUCUGCAAGAUCUACCUGUCUCUAGUACUACUGUAUUAGAACUUCCUGUUUGAGAUUAAACAACUUCAUUUGCUUCUUUAGGACUCUUCACUCGUAUUCCCCCAGUUUAUUUACUGAUAUUCAAUCCUGCUAUAGGCUUUUGGUUAACUUGAAGUCAUUACAAUUACUGUUACUAGGAGAACUCCAUUAGCACUCAGCUGUGAAUAACAUACUCGGACUGCCCCGUUUUCAGUCCAUUUAUUGUGCUGGAACAUCUGGUAUUGUGCAGGGUUUAGAGUUCAGUGUUGUGCUUUUAAAAAUGGUAUUUAGAGGAUUAUUAUUUCAUUACAUGAUUCAUUCAAAGAAGUAGCUCUUUUUGCAAACAUGCACAUAAAUCUAUGAUGAUGCACUCAUCUGAGAUUCAGACUAACAGUCUCUCCAUUUCCGGACUCUGAACUGUCCUUCUCUCCCAUCCAUCAGAUCACAGCACUAUCUGAAGCUCCCCGUCCAGUUCAAGCCCAGUGCUGCUGGCAGACACACAGGCUUGCUGCACAUCCAGUCAGAAACAAGUGGAAGUCUUGUUAUUCAGCUGACCGGUGAGGCAUUGCCAUGA